AUGCUCUCCAACACACUCACUAAGGUGUGCGAGGAGAAUGGCCGUCUGUCCGGACAAAUCUCCGCGCUGGAGGAGAAGGUGCAGGCACUGGCGCAGGAGCCGCUGAAGGAGACGUCGGUGCUUCACUCGCUCUUCGAGCCAGAGAAGACAGGCUGGUUUGGUGGAUCGAAGUCCGCGGCACGAGGCCAGCUCGAGCAGCUGACCGCCGCGCUGCAGUCCGAGUUCAUGGCCUACAAGGCGUCGCACGCGUCCAGCAACGAUGAGGUGCAGGCGCUGGUGGAGGGCUUGCAGAAUGCACACCUAAACGCGCAGGAGCUGUCUAACAUGGUGAAGGAACAACAGCAGCGCAUCAGCAGCGGCCCUCUGGCUGUGGCGGUGCACAUCGUGCCUGCUGCCGAGGGCAACAGUUAUGCUGCCAUGGUGCAGGAGUUGCAGGAGCAGCUGCGAAAGGUGCGCGAGCAAGCUGCGCUGACUGAGGAUGAGCUGCGCACCUCGCAAGCCGAGUUGCGUGCAAUGAAGGCUGAGAACGCGAAGCUGCGCAAUGACUCCAUUGCGAGCUCCGCGCCUGUAGAACCAGCCGCGGCAACCCCAAUGCUCGCUGCCAGCAGCGCUCUGUUGCUGUCUGAGAAGUCCUCCACCGAGGCGCUCGAGCGCAUGACCAGUGAGCGUGAUGCGCUGCAGGACGCGCUCGCCGAGGCUCGCAACUCCAUCGUUGAGAAGGAUAAAGAUGCGGAGCUUCAGAAGCACAAAGUGGCCCAGUUAGAGAACAAGCUGGCAGCGAAGGACUCGGUGCACGUAGAGGAGGUGGAUAAGCUUCGACAGCAGCUGGCCAAGUCCUUCAGCGCAUCCAUGGCAUGCAGGCAAUGCGAUGAGCUGCAGCAGGAGCUGGAGGCGGCCAGGCGUGACGCGGACGCAUCCCACAUGACCGUGCAGGACCUGCGCAGCCAGAUCCUGGAGAUGACGGUGCAGCAGGAGGAAAAGUAUAAUGUGCUGGAGAAGCGGCUGGCGGACGCCCUUGACCAGCUCAGCGAGAAAGACGAGCAGUUACGCCACCUCACCUCUGCCGACGACUACGAGAAUCUCAAGCUGGAGCAGGAGACGCUAACGCGCGAGAUCGAUCUCUAUAAGCAACGCAUCGCCUUCCUAGAAGCUAGCCGUGACGCAUCCGACGACGCUGCCGACGCGACUGCGUUGGACGAAACGAAGGUUCUGGAGACACUCAACGCCACCAAAGAGCGUAUUUCGAAGCUGGAGUUCGAGCGAGAUCAGCUGGCCAUGCAACUGCAGCAGGCACAGAGCUACGCCGUGUCCCGCGACACGGAAGCGCGGCAGCUGCAGCAGCGCUCUGAGGACGACAAGAAGCGCGUGGCCUUCCUCAUGAAGAAGUGCGCUACCCUCACCGCCGAUGUGCGGAGCGCGACGACACAGCUCGACACCUUCAAGGAGCAGUUCGAGAAGCAGUCCCUCGAGCUCAAGCAGGAGAGGCGCAAUACGGAAGGCAUGGCCAAGUUGCAGAAGCAGCUCGACGAGCUGAGCAAGGAGAAGAAGCUGCUCGAUGACCGCUUGGCGGCGACGCAGGAGGUCGAGGAGCGGCUUGUGAAGGCGAAGGAGACGAUCGCUUACAUGGAAUUGGCCCAGAGCAGCACGAUCUGCAUGAGCCAGUUUGCUGAGCUGAAGGCGGAGAAGGAAAAGCUGCAGAAUACAGUGGAGCCGCUGGAUCGAAAGCUGGAGGAGGCUAAGCAGGAGAUUGAGCGCCUGAAGGCCGUCACGGACGCGCAGCACGCGAUCUCGGAAACUCAGAACAAGAACGUGCGCGCGUGGCAGGACCAGGUGACGGCUCUGAGCGAGAGUGAGACGAAACUGCGCGACAAGGUCGCUGUACUGACGGCAGAGAACACACGCCUCACCCAGGUGAACGCGUCGCUGGAGCAGCAGAUGGACGACAUGCAGGACGGUAUUAAGGAGAUGGCGGUGCAUAUGGAGAAGGAUCGCGCCAGCGCCAAGGCCGCUGCGGAGGUGAACGCGCAGAAGCAAAUCCAGACUCUCUGCGAUGAACUUGCACAGGCGAAGUCGACGAUCGCCGAGGUCCAGGCACGCGACGGGCAGUACGUCGCCGAUGGACUUUACCAGUCCGUCGUCGCGGAGCGCGACAGGUCGCUGGAGGAGAACAGGAAGGCCACCGUCGAGCUGGAGAAGCGCAAGUCGGAGAUUUCGAUCUACCGUCAGACGAUCGCCGACCUUGAGCAGGAAAACGACGAGCGCGUGAAGGAGAUCGAGUCGUUGCAGGAUCGCUACCAGAACGACCGCGCCGCCCUCAACGAUCGCCUCGCGAAGGAGCAGAAGCGCACCGCGGAACUGGGCAGCAAUGUUGCAGGCCUGACAGAGCAGGUGUCCUCGAUGGAAGCCGAGGCGGCGAAGCACGCGACCACCAUCUCGGAGCUGCAGGAGAAGAAUGCAAAGCAGCAGCGCGUCUUUGAGGACAAGUGCCGCCGCGAGGAGGCGCUAAGCGACGAGAUCAAGCGCUUGAAUGGACAGAUCAGUGCCUUGCAGGCAAACAUGGCAAGCGCCGCACUUCACGGGGAGGGCAGCAGCUGCAGCAACGACGUCAACGGCACGGCGGCAGCGACUGUUGUGACUGCCGCUUCUGCUGUCGGAGUCGCAGCACCCGCAGUAGAACGUUGCAGCUCUGCCGUGGUGGAACCGGAGACAGAGGUGAGGGCGACGGAUCGCGCCGCGUUGUUGUCCUCUCUGAAACCUGCAGCACGGACUGCGAGUCGACCGUUGUUGGACCGCGCCGGUGACGGUGCCGCGGUGUACGCUGCUUCUGCACCAGAGCCUAUUGCCAUUGAUGCCUUCUGCAAGCGCAUCGAAGACCUCCAGCGCGAAAACGACCGCCUGAAUAGUGAGCUGAAGCGCAUACAGGUGCAGCACCGCGCCGACUCCGCCAAUGAGCAGCACAUGAUUACUGUCCUGCAGACGCAGAUCAAGAACCGCAUGUCGACCAACAACCGUGCCGCCUACGAGGCUGAAAUCGCAAAGUCAGUCGCACUGAAGAAGAGCAUCGAGGAGCUCAUGGAGGAGAACGUGAAGCUGCGCAAGCAGGCAGGAGUAGCGCAGGUCUCGGCGAACAUGCCUGCCUCGGCGUCAUCGGUCGCUAUGGCGGGGACGCAGCAGAUGGACUUGCUCCAGCUGCAGGCUCAGAAGGCCACGUACGACUCGGCGAUGGAGGCGGCAGCAAAGGCUGCGGAGACGUAUGAGGCGCGCAUCCAAGAACUGGAGGAGCAGCUACACGAGACCAAGGAGGCUGCUGCUGCUGCUGCUGCCGCUGUUGCUGAGGGGGGCACAGACACGGGGGGCGAUGCCGCCGACCAUGGUGAUGCGAGUCUGCUUGACAAGCCAGUGAAGAGGCGGGUGAAGAAGAUCAAGAAGAAGAAAACGUUGGCAGAGCAGGUUGGCGCCACGGACGAUGGCGAGGACAUUCUAGCAGCGUUCCCUCAAGCUGACGCUGCCGCCGCUACUGGGAACUCGGCUGAGGCGGGGCAGUUGCAGGUGCCCUGGAUGCUUGCGCACCAGGAAGUGGAUCAGCUUAAGUUGGAGAACAUCCAACUUACUGCGGAAAACACUCAACUCAAGGCCAGCGUCGCGGACAUGUUGGAGAAGUUGCAGCGGGCUGAGGAGGACCUGAAGGCCGCGAAUGAGGACAUGGACACCAUGCAGACAUCGAUGGACGAGGAGCGACGCGAUCUUCGGAGGCAAAUCGACCUUCUGGAGCAACAGAGCGUACAGCGGCUCCCCGAAACGGAUGAAGAGCAGGUGUCGACGCCGUUGCGCAGCGCCAACUCUGCUUGUAACGGCAGUGAGAGCCCCAGUAAGGCCAACCGCUCCUUCCGCAACAGCACCAUUGACGACUUAGAGAUGCAGCUACGCCGGUGCCAGGGCGAGGUGGAGCGCCUGACGGCUGAGAACAGGAAGCUGCAGUACCGGCUGGAGCGCGAAGAGGGACAACGAACGUCAUCCCUGUCGGCCACGCCAGGGGCAGUGGUAGCGCAGGAGAGGAGCGAGGCCGGUGAGGUGCGGAAGUUGCAGCGGCAGCUGAAGCAGAAGGAUGCGGAGAUCAAGGUGCUCGCCGAUCAGCUCAUGCCCACCAAGGAGAAGCUGGUCGAGUACAUGGCUAUGGCGGACCGCCUUGGUCUCCAGUACCCUUUUCCGCCGGAGUUGGAGGGCACCACGGUGCUGCGGCUCAAGGCGCUUCACUUGCCGGAGCAGGCGCGAUCAGCCUCCGCCCCGGCACCGGCACAUCAGUGGCUGCACAGAAUCCGCCCAGGUGGCAAGGUUGACGAGAACUCGCCGCCGCCACGCACGCCCCGAGCGCACCACACAGGCAAUGCCGGUGGCGCCGCGCGGCAGAAAGACGAAAACUUCUCUCGCCGAUAG